AUGGUUGUUGGGUUGGUUGCAUUCACCUGGAAAGGCUGUGCAGGGACACAGGUGACCCCCUCCUGGGAGCCUCAUUUCAUUGAGCAGCACCGAGAGCAGCUUAUCCAGAGGACUGCCACAGUGGAGGGAGUUUUGGAUCUGCUCUAUGGAAAUGUUCCGGAUGAUGAGCAAUAUCAAAGGAUCUCUUUGCGGGAGACUAACCCAGAAAAAAUGCGGGAGCUCUACCGGCUGGUGCCGAGCUGGGACCGCUCUUGUAAGGAUCGGCUCUACGAGGCACUGAGGAAGAAAAACCCAUUCCUCAUAGCAGCCCUAGAAGGGAGAUCGAAAGUGUCUCGAAGGAGCUGCCGAGAGCGGCUGCCGGUCCUCCCUCGCCGCAGGGCGUGCCGGGCACCUCGGGGAAGAUUCAGCAAAGACUUUGCUCCCGGGGAGCUCCAGCUUCCGCCUUCUUUUGCUGCACCUGGCGGGGUAGCGCUGCGAGAAGACCCGCUGCUGCCGGAGCCUCUUCAGCCUCGGGAAAGUUUCAGAGAGAUUGUAGAGGGCGUUUCCAUGGACAAGUGGCGAAAGCUCCUAGGCAGGGUACAAACUUCAGAUUCAGAACGUUACACCCAACCGAGAUCCUUCACUGAGGUUUCUACUGAAGACUUUGCUGGCGAAUAUGGUUUUGAGUUGGUACUCCUGAAGUUGCAGUAUUCACAGAUUCUGAACAGGCUAUAUUGUCUGAAAGGCAUACCUUACCCUGUCCUUGUGAGGGUGUGCAGCCCACCACCUCCUCGGUCCAUCAUCCGUGCCAUGACUGUGUACAAUAAUGGUGUAGCUGAUGUGGUGGAAUACGCAAAAAAGGCAUCAGGACACAGAACUGAUGUGCCCCACCUUGAGCACCCAAUCCAGGUGGAAGGGAAUCAACAUGCCCGGUACUUCACUGACAAGAAGACAGCAUGCAAGAGUGUCACCGUCCCUUAUGAAAGUCCUGAGGUAGGAUCAUUGUACACCAUCAUCCUGUACAGAUUUAUGUGCCUACGUGGCUGUGUUUCGUGCACAUGUUGGCACAAUUUCUUGAUUGUGAUCACUCUUGAAUCCCAGAAAGGGCAGAUUCUUGGGCGUGGUUGUUUUGAAGUCAGGGUGUCUUCCAUGCCCGGAUUAGACCUCAUGAGAGAUGAAGGAAAGGCUUUGGAAGAGGAAACUGUUGUCUAUGAAAACCAGUUGGAGCUGAUACGCUGCGUCUCUAAUGUACCUGAAGUCUUGCAUGAAUUGGUUGGUGAUGUUUUGAGCAGGGCUCAAUAUGAAGAUAUUAUGUCUGAGCCCACAGAUGUGUUAAGGAUGCGAAAGUUGUUUAAGAAGGUGUUGACAGGGAACGAGAGAUAUCAAGUCUAUUUCUACCAGGUGCUACAGAAGACAAACCUGGACCUUAUAAAGAAACUGUUUGGAGGACAUUUUGUGGAACGGCAUCAAAAACAACUGAUUAAAAAUGUCUCUGGGAUGGACGUUAUUUUACCUCGGCUAUUGCGUUUUGUCCUGAAUUAUGGUGACUAUCUCUGCAUUGGAGCGGAGGAAACAGAUGCGGGCAAGGUGGCGAAGUUGCUUGAGUUGGUGCCAGGAUGGGACAGGGCACAGAAGGAUCAACUCUACCAGGAGCUGAUUGAAACAAAUGGGCCUCUUAUCACAACCCUUGAGGCCACGUCUAAGCACCCCAUGCAAGGCACUUGGCUUAGACUCCAGCAGAAAUGUGUGGAGUGUGUAACCUGA